AUCGGUUGCUAUGGUGAUUUUGCAAGAUGGCGGAAGCUUGGUGCUGCACAGAAGGUGACGAAAAUUCGUCCGAGAAGAUAGCACCCCUUGUUACUUACACCAUGGAUCCUGUCGUCAAAGAGAUACCUGUGUUCCUGUCCAAGACUCUGGCGGAUAAGCUGUAUAUUGUUCAGUACCCUGCAUAUGUCACCGAUGGCUACGCCAACGCCACCAUCUUGAAAACCUCUAUCAAGCCUGAAAAUAAGAAGAUCCACAUGGAGUUUGCAAUAGACACACUGAACGAAAACUCUUACGAUUCCAAUGUGGGGAAACAAUUGGCUCUCAUUGUGGACAGCAAAUCUAAAAAGGAUGAUGAAAGAGUAUUUAAUAGCGAACUAAUGGACAAGAUUAUGUUGACUUCAGAACGGACAAUGUCAGACUGCUCGAAUUUAGCAAUCGGAGUAUUUCAGGAUGAUGAGCUACAUAUCACACCAUUGAAUGGGAUGCUACAUAUGAAAUUACAGUGUGAUUACCUGGACGAGAGUGACAAGCGUGGCAAGGAUACGGCAAAAGGUACAGGAGAAGAUGGUGAUGAGGAUGAGGAUAAUGCUAUGCCAGUACAAGUGACAUUUGCCAAAAAUCUGCCAGAUAAUUUGAAAAGGAUGCAGGAGCAGUCUUUUCAGCAUCACUCCAAGAAGAGUCAGGAGGAGCCUUGGAUACAUACGAAUUACAUACCGUUUUACGAUACACAAACUGAAUUGACACGGAUGGAAAUGUUCUGUUCAUUAGCAGAUGAGUCUGUAAAUCUGAAUUUAGUAUCGAGGAAUUAUCUAUCUCUAUUGGUACCCGAAGAAUGUAACUCGCGAGAAUAUGAGAAUCAAGCAGACUUUCACAAUGUGGUAACCUUGCCUCUGUUGGACCAAAUCAGGAUAAUCAUGAAACAUGUGAAAGUUAUAGCCUUCGCAUCGUUACGCGAGUUUUUAUCCCCGAUACAUGAUACAACAACAGUGCUAAAAUAUAUGCAGCAAGUAGCUGUGCUGGUGCAGGGUAAUUGGGUCGUAAACAGCGAACUAAUCUAUCCCAAGGACAGUCUUUCUGUACAGAAUGGUAUCUCCGAGCUCAUGUGCAAAGCUCGCGAUUACAUCUUAUUAUUAUUUACGGAGCACCAGUAUCUCAAGCGCAACGCAGUCUUAUCUUUCAUUAAGUUGGCAUCAGAUGAAAUCAAUCAAAUCUUCGAGGAACUCGGCAUAUACGAACCGAAGAAGGGUUGGCGAUUGAAACAGCCACCUAACUGGAGCUUCUGCGACAGAUAUCCCGAGAUCGCCCAGCGGCAGGAGAUGUUCUGGGAUGCGAAGCGAAAGCACCUGCGCGAAACGAUGGAGGCGUAUAACCAACCGCCGCAGCGUCAGCGCCGCAAGUCGAACCGGGAGUCGCUGGGUUCGGAAAACGAAGAAAGGAACGUCGGUCGCGGCCGCAAGUCGCUCAGAGAUUCGUCCCUGUCGGAUAACGAUGGCGAGCCUGCUAAACACAAGAAGAGCGGUCGUUCCAGAAAAGUAUCGGAGACCACCACGUGACCAAAACCGAUGCGUUGAGGCAACUGAGCGCCUCUUGCUGUGGCAUUCACGAGUCGCGAAAUAUUUCCGCAAACCACGCCGGAAAGACGAUUUCUCCUAAGACAAAGCUUACGGCCCAAGCGAUAACGAUAUUAUGUGCGAUUAGUCCAUCAUAUGUAUAUAUAAAUAUAGUACAUCGUAGUAUAUUCUGCUAUAUUUAUUAGCGCGACGUAUAUAACAUGCAAUAUAUAUAAACAGACGGUGUAUAUCAUAUUGUUAUAAUGAAGCAUGCCUAAAUAUGAAGUAUUAAAACACAGCGCGCGCACUGUGUCUCUACACAGCGUUUUCUGCUUUUCAAUCGUGGGAUAUAGACAUAUUUUGUAUAUAGCGAUUAAUAAUUAUACUAUGUUUUAUUGAGAAUGUGAAUAGCGAUUGAGAAAACAAUGGAUGCCUUUUUUUAUAUUGGUAAUAGAAUCGUUAUUAUGAAAUAUUCCGCAACAAAAUACAUAUCAUAUACACUUAUGGCAAUGCUAAUCAAUAUACAAAACCAAAGCGAGCGUUUAUCAUUUCUUGAUUUCUACCUAAAUCGAAUUCGAAUAUCAUAAUAACAAUCAUAUUAGCAAUAUGAAAAAAACAAAUUAAUUGUUUUCUUAACAUGCUAUUCGUCAAUGAUAUUUAUAAUUUUGCCUUCUAAUCGUAGGAUAUAGAUACGCGCUUUGUAGGUAGCGAUUAAUAAUUAUAUAUUGCUGAUGGGGCUGAGAAAA